CACAGUAGUACAACUCUUAACUCUCUUCUAGUCCUCUUCCUUCCUUCCUCCCUGCCUCUGUUUCUUUUUCCCCCCUUUACUUCUUUUGUCAGGAUUCCCUUCCCACACUGGAAACCCCACCAUGAUCACUCUGCUUUCCCACAAGUAGAAGCAGAGGAAGCAGCCGCCUUGUUCCUUGUUUCUACUUAUUACCCAUUACACUCUGCCUCUCCACAAAGCAAAAAAACAUGUCGACUAGACCCGCGCCGGAGCUAUCCUCCAGCUCCAAACGCCACCACUUCCACUGGACCAAAAAGAUCGGAACCGAAGACGAAGACGACGACGACGAAAUCCCCCCACCAAACGCCGCCAAACCCUCUGCGAUUCCAACCCUCAAGCAUUCCGCCUCCUCGAUCACCAGAGACGAGAGCAACGCCAGGUUCGGAGGAGGCGGAAUCCCAACUCCCAGAAAGAAGCUCCCCGCCGUGGCCGUGGCCAGGCUCCGAUCCGUUCUCUCCAGUUUCAGCAGGAACCGGUUCGGGUCGUCGUCGGGUCUUGGGCCUCGGGUCGUGGGUACCCUGUUCGGGUCGAGAAAGGGCCACGUCCAUUUCGCAUUCCAGAAAGAUCCCACUUCCCCGCCUGCGUUCCUCAUCGAAUUGGCGACGCCAAUUAGCGGUCUUGUUAAGGAAAUGGCAUCUGGGUUGGUCAGAAUCGCCCUGGAGUGCGACAAGAAGCAAGGAGAAGACAAUCAUCGCCAGAGGAGAAAAGCUGCCUCUGGAGCUUCCCCUGCCUCGGGUGCGGGCAAUUCUAGCAGUGCGGUUCGGUUGCUGGAGGAGCAGAAUUGGAGGGCGUACUGCAACGGGAAGAAGUGCGGGUUCGCGGGGAGGAAAGAGUGCGGGGCAAAGGAGUGGAAGCUGCUGAACGCGCUGGAGCCGAUCUCGAUGGGGGCAGGGGUCAUGCCGAGCUACGGGGAAGGGGAGAGGACCGAGAUCAUGUACAUGAGAGCCAAGUUCGAGAGGAUCGUUGGGUCCAGGGAUUCCGAAGCUUUCUACAUGUUGAACCCAGACAGCAAUGGCGCUCCUGAGCUCAGCAUCUAUCUGCUUAGAGUCUAGUAAAUUAGAGGGGGCAGUGUGGGGAAGAAGGGGGAUACUGUUCAUCUCUUAGACUUUGGGACUGCAGGUUUAGAAGUUCUUCCUGUUGUUUGUAUAGUGGGAUUUUUGUUUUGGAAUACAGACUUUGUUAGUGAGUGGUGGGUGGGAGGGAGACAAUGGAGGGGCUAAAUGAAAUCAUGAAUGUCUU